ACACUGGACGGGCGAUGGGAGCUCCGCUAGGUCUUAGAGGGUCAUGCCUGGAAGCGAUCCAUCUUUUGUUAAAUUAACGUCAGAUUAAGGAAAAUACGGUAAAGGUUUGGAAAAUAUGUAGUUAGCUAAAAUGCUACAAAAACUUUAAAAAAUCUACUUUUACGUUAAUUUGACGAAAGGUCGAUCCCUUCUAGCCGUGACUGUUUUAGGUCCGUGCAAGAUAACCUCCAUCCGAUGUCCAUGUUCUGUGGCGUAGAUAAUAUAACAUUCACAAAUGUGCCCACAUGAGCAAUUCUGGACACACAGCUGUGUAGAGAAUGACGACUGUAAUUAAUGUCAAACCAGAGUCAAACUCACUGAAACUUUGAUCAGGCUUUUGAGACGAGAAUCCAAUUUACUUGUCAAUAUAACUGGCUGUCACGGUCAGCAGUUCAUCAAUCAAUUAUUUCGAUAAUGUACAAGCACAACAAAAUCUGCAUUAUUUUAAUACAUUUUGUUAACAAAAGUUAAUCAGACGAGUCGUUCAGCAGUUCACUGACAUGUACAGGUCAUAGGACGCUUCACAGUGCCUCAACAUUCCAAUAGGAAAGGAAGUUUUUCUAUUAUCUGUUCUGAAAUCAUUUAAUACAUUGUACCAAUGGAGCUUAGUCAAUGAGGUAGAUAACCAAAACUGGACUUAGAUCAGCACAGAGGGGAAACAAAUGAUUCUACCCAGCAUGUUUGUUCAGGCAAUAGGAAGGCAAUGCUUAAAUCUGUUUUAGAAGGAGGAGUUUCGGGUCCUUUAUUCUCUCUUUCCGCCGUACCCGCCAUCUUGUGAGCUACCGGGGUAAUCAGGCAUCAUGACGAACACAAGAGGCAAGAGGAGGGGGACGAGGUACAUGUUCAGCAGGGCCUUCCGCAAGCAUGGUCCCAUUCCCCUGUCCACGUACAUGCGUAUCUACAGGAAGGGCGAUAUCGUUGACAUCAAGGGUACAGGUACCAUCCAGAAGGGAAUGCCUCACAAGUGCUACCACGGCAAGACGGGCAGAGUCUACAACGUAACCCAACAUGCUGUCGGCAUCAUUGUCAACAAGCAGGUCAAAGGUAAGAUCCUUGCCAAGAGGAUCAACGUACGUAUUGAGCACGUGAAGCACUCUAAGAGCAGGGACAGCUUCCUGCAGCGCGUCAAGGAGAACGAGAAGAGGAAAGUGGAGGCCAAGCAGAAGGGCACCUGGGUGGAGCUGAAACGGCAGCCCACUGCUCCCCGUGAUGCCCGCUUUGUCAGCACCAAGGGCAAUGAGCCCCAGCUGCUGGAGCCCAUCCCGUAUGAGUUCAUGGCAUAACUAUGCUGACCAAAAUAAAACUGUUUCUGCACAGA